AGCUGCCCCUGCAUUAGACUUGGACAUUUUCCGGGCGAGCAUCAUCCAUGGCUGCUGAAGAAGCAGUCCUGACUGUUCGCAUGGUUGAUUGUGCCGUAUGUGGGGUCCAGACUAUGCACAAAUCUGGCAAGCUCAUCCACCUCUGUAUGCAACACGAAAAAUCCCGGAAUGCUUUCAUGGAGCAGUCCAACCGGGCAGGCAAGCACCAAAUGGUGGUGGAUCUAGAGCGCUCAGAACCGAAGCAAUUUUUAGAGUUUUUGUCAGCCUUUGUGGAUUCGCAACAAAAAGGUCGUGGCCGCCCGAGCCAAGAUCGAUCACGGUUCGACUGGACCAAAGUCAGCGUCAGCGAGGUGUGUUCCAAGGGGCAACGUGUGGAGUCCCGGACAACACAGGUUCCACUGUGCUACAGUGACUAUCUCGACUACUAUGUCAACCAUGCGCCUGCGUAUCAGCGUUUGACCACGAAAGGAGCGGAAGCCAAGUGGCGAAAGGAUUUCCACGAUCCCAGCCGAUCAAGGUUCCAGGAGAAAAAGCUGGGGCAAGAUGGUGAGUGGACUGGGGAGCUUGUUUGGGUCAUGUACGUUGACAAGCCUGCGGAAAGAUCGAGUGCCGCCUAUGAGGACCGAUCGGUGGAGAUGAAGAAGACUGUGGACACUAAGAACACGUCAGAUGCCAACAUUGACAGCAUGGAAUCACGAAUGCGUAGUGCUGCCAGCAAACUCUUGGACGACGGUGCUCAGUGGGGAAGCUUCGCUAGUGCAGCUGUGCCUGCUGGCUCUGGACCUUCAGCACAGUCCAAAGCCAAAGCCAAACCCAAGGCAGCGAUCAAGAAAACCAAGUGCCCAAUUGCAACGGCAAGUACGCUGCGACGAUCUACACUGCGGAGCAUGAAUGGGCUGGAGGGCGUUUUGGCGUCCGCAGAAACCAGUGCUUCUCGUAUCCUGGACGAGGUGCGCCAAGAACUAGGAGAUGAGAGCAUCUUGAACGACCCAGCUCUGCAACUCGUCCAGCACCGUCUGCAUGCAGUGCAGUUGGCCUGCAACAAGUCCGUUGAGCCUGAGCAGUUCAAGGUGACUGACGCCGCCAUCUACGACAUGAUGAAAUCUGAUACCCACUUCUCAAGCUUGCCGGAGGGCCUUUGUGCAGAGGAAAUUCAAACCCUCGGCCACCUUCUUCACACCAGGACCUUCUGCGACCUGCUGCCCUCGGCGUCCGCUGUGGAAGAAGCUUUCGAGGUUCAUCGGCGAUCGCUUGAGGUGAUGCACUCGCUGGGUAAGAGCCUCGCCUGUGCUGCGGCAGAGUGGAAGGCAGGGCGCAGGGCGCUACAGAAGGCGAAGGAGUUGGAAGCACGUGCCAUGGAGAAGGAGAAGGAGAGGGCCGAAAAGGCCAGGCAGAAAGAGGCAGAGCGGCAGGCCAAAAAGCAGCAGAAAGAGGCAGAGGAGGCAACGCAACAGCAGCAGCAGCAGCAAGGCCAACCAGCCGACAAUGCUCACGCUGGCCCAAAGAAGCGCAGAGUUGCCUCGAAACUUGCUGCUGAGCUCACCGACUCAGACUACAGGGUCCUGAGGGAACGUUUCCCCGACAAGGAGAUUCCUGUUGUUGAUUCAGUGGCAGCUGCAGUGUCGAUGAUUUCGGAGAACCACGUGUCGAUUGCCCGGAUGAAGAGAUCCCUGCUGAAGAGGGUCUUGCAGGCGCACGAAGUGGAGGAUAAGGCUGCCAACUUGUGGGCCUCUUCAGCUGGUGCCCAACUCAGGACGUUCACGGCAGAAGCAGCAACCCUCUGGCUCGCUGAGCCAAACCGUGUCAAGAUGGUCAAGUUCAUGGACCCUUGCCCGUAUCCGGCCGAGUUGUCGUGGGAUGCACUGAUCCAGACCUGCCUGGACCAGAAUGCACGCGUGAAUCGUGCAUCUAUCCCAGUCCCAGCCAUCGUCGCGGACGGUGACACACUCAGACAGAGGGUAACAGCGGCAGCCCGGGGUGAGCCCAUUACCCCGGCGGACAUCGACGCGCUGGUCUCAAAAUAUGUCACACCAGUGAUGUUUGGGGCAAAACAUGGGAGCAGCAGCACUGGGCUGGGUAGCGGAGGCUUGGGCACAGUCCAAUAUCAGAACGACGGAACCCGUGUGCUGGCCGUCGUCCUGUUGAGCGAGCUGAUGGACGCAGUCCCCGACAACACGACCAUGGAGGAGGCGCUGCAACUCUUCCAGCAGCUAUCUCCUGAAGAUGCCCUGCUGAACAAGCUCAGUUCGUUUGCAGUGGGAUGUGCCCUUGCAGGGGACAUCAUCACGGUCCCAGCAGGGAUGCUGGUGGUGGAGAAAAGUGUGAACUCGAACACGUUUGGUGUGCGAUCCGUGUUGCACCACCUCCACAUGGAAAGCCUUCCAUCCCUCCUUACACUGAAUGAUUGCCUGACAGGGAACCCAUUCACCACCUUUGCCAUUGGCCUGUUGGAGGGUAUGGCGUCUCAUUGGAACCAACAACCCCGUGCAGUGCGGGAUCAACCCAACCAGCAGCAGCCCCAGCCAGCCGAUGAGAAUGCGCAGCCAACCACACCUGUCCAGCCACUUGAUGAGGGCGCUCAGGCAACCACACCUGUUCAGGAGCAGCAGCCAGAUGAGGGUGCUCAGCCAACCACACCUGUCGAGGACCAGCCCCAGCCACCCAAUGAGGGCGCUAAGCCAACCACACCUGUCAAGGACCAUCCCCAGCCACCCAAUGAGGGCGCUCAGCCAACCACACCUGUCAAGGACCAUCCCCAGCCAUCCGACGAGCACGCUCAGCCAACCACACCUGUCGAGGACCAUCCCGAUGAGGGCGCUCAGCCAACCACACCUGUCGAGGACCAACUCCAUGAAAAGAAGCCGACCGCACCUUUGGACCCAUCCACUGCCCCAACCAUCCCAGCCACACAGCCAGAAACCUUUCACAACCGAGACCUCCAAGAAGAUCAGCCGACGCAGCAGGUGAACCCAGACACGCCCAAGCCGAUUAACCCAUCAGCCACAGCCGCGCCAACUGACACCCCCGUGAUGCCCGAGACGCAGCAGGUGAAACAGAACAUUGCCGAGCCAGCUGCCGCAACCAGGCCGGCGAUGCCUGAGACACAGGUGAAAAACCCCGAUCCUUCGCCAACUGCCUCAUCAUCUCCGACCGCACCAGCAGAGCCCAAGACGCACCAUGUGGUCCAGGGCGCUGCAGAGCGACCGCCAGCUACCCCAUCAUCUGCAACCAAGCCGGCCACGCCCGAGCCGCAUGAUGUGAGCAACUCUGAGGUUCCAACGCAGCAGGCGAAAAACUCCGAGCACUUGCAGACUGCCUCGUCAACUACGACCGCACCAACUGCGGAGCCAGUGAUGCCGGACGAUCUGGAGAGUCAUUUGUUCAGCGAUGCCGGCUGUGGAGAGAGUGAUUUGUUCAGCGAUGCCGGCUUUGAAUCUGCCCACGACGAUGGCAAGGGCAGCAGCAGGGACAAGGCCAAUUCCAAAAAGAGCAAGAAGGACAAGAAGGAUAAGAAGGAGAAGGGUAAGAAGGAGAAGAAAGACAAGAAGGAUCAGAAGGAGAAGAAGGAGAAGGAGAAGGAUAAGAAGGAGAAGAAGGAUAAGAAGGAGAAGGACAAGAAGGAUACGGACAGAGACAAGGUCAAAGCUGAUGCAGUGGACACACCCAACAAGCGUGCCAAGAUCGAUCUCGCCUCCUCCUUGGAGGCCGCCGCCGCUGCUGCCUCCCGGAAAGCAGCCACAGAUGCUGCCAGGGUCCACGGUGAGGACGAUGAAGACGAUGCCACGCCUGGGCCGGAUCUCACGCUUGCUGAGCUUGCUGGUUCGCUGCCGAAAGCAGCUGCGAAAAAGGCUGGUGCGAAGGCAAAGCCAAAGGCAAAGUCAAAGGCAAAGUCAAAGGCUAAGGCAGCCCCCAAAGCGGGCCCCAAGGCUGAUGCAUCCAAGAUGCGUACCCUUACUUCCAUGCUGGCGGCCACAGCGGUCAAGCCAGCGGUGUCCAAAUCGACAGCGCCAAAGUGAGUGCCGAGCACUCGUGCGUGCGAUUGCGGGCAAUGAUCGCACACUUGGCUCUUGCAUGGGGC